AUUAAAACUGAAGUAGAUUUCAGCAAUAUCACAACAUUUGGUUUUGAUCCGAUGUCAAUUGACACCAGGAUCAGAUCAACAGUCUAAUUUUCAAUUAUUUUUACUAUUAAUAACUAAUAAUAAUACUGACAUAUAGGGCACAGCCAUAUGUUAUUUCUGAGGUGAAUGUGUAAAAGCCCUGAAAAAGGGAGUAUGUGUCACAAUGUAUUCAACUGUCUGAAAUAUAACAAACUUUAGGCUACUGAAAUAUUACCAUAGUAAAAGUACAUCAACCAUAAACCUAACAUAUCUAACCAGUAACAGUGUCUGUAGUAGUGUUUUCAAUGCUGAAUUACCAGAUAAACAAAUACAAGAAUAAACCAAACAUAAUAUGUCGAUAACAUUAAAACUCAUAAUUUCCCCCUUAACCAAACUCAUUCAGUAAUGCAGACAUUAGAGCAACAGAAAUUCAGGCAGUCAACUUGACUAUCACUAACCAAGCGCACCCUUUCAAUCUGGCGGUCUAUUUAAACUGCACAGUUUCCCAGCUCUCCCUCUGCUCUGUCAAUCCCGCUGAUGCCCUGCAUCCGUAUUGCUGCCUACUGCUCUGUAAGCCCCACCACCACCCCAGCAUCCACCUGUAGGCUCUGGCUAGGGAUUGUUAGUGACUUUAAUGUACUUGAAGUGUGCACUGUCAUUUCUAAAAAAUUACAACUAUCUAUUGUACUAUUAAAAAAACUAUGCUGCAUCCACUCUAUUUCAGUCUGGCCACAGCACCUCAUCCACAUCGCAAGCAAUGUUUUCCCUGGCCAAGCAGCGGGGGAAAUAUUGCCUAGCAUGGCGAAUCCAGCCAUGAAAAGCAUCAACUGCUAUAUCUCCACAUGCGUCUUCCGUAGGUUGGAGAAGGGGUAUAUGCGUUUGUGGAUUUUGGUCAUACACUUUCCAUCUCCAGGCAGAAAAAAAUUCCUCAAUAGGAUUGAGGAAUGGAGAAUAUGGAGGGAGAUACACAACUAAAAAGCGUGGGUGGGCAGUGAACCAGUUACAAACCAGAGCAGCCCGGUGGAAACUUACGUUGUCCCAAAUGACAAUGUACCUGACCUGCUCUGGGCCGUCAAUCUGAUCUGGUGGAAUGAGUGUGUUGUGUAGGGUGUCCAGGAAUGUGAUCAGAUGAGCAGUGUUGUAGGGGCCAAGGGUAGCAUGGUGAUGGAUGACGGCGUGGUGGGUAAUCACUGCACACAUUGUGAUGUUCCCUCCACGCUGGCCAGGGACUUAAACAAUGGCACGCUGGCCGAUGAUAUUCCUUCCCCUCCUUCGUCUUUUUGUGAGGUUGAAUCCAACCUCAUCAAUGAAGAUGAACUGGUGCUCCACUGCACUCUAGCUCUCUGAAACACACAUGACAAUAUCAGAAAUAGACAUGGAGUGGUCACUAUUGUGAAGCACAAUCAUUAUGAUUACAAUACUGAAAUAUGAAUAAUUUAUACAGUGUUGAGAGCAUGCAUCAAUUGUGGGAUUGUAUAGGACUCACUUGCACAUAGUUAUAUUGCAAUUCUUUGACUCUUUCUGAAUUGCGUUCAAAUGGCACCCUGUAGACCUGCUUCAUCCUCAGAUUAUUUCUGCGCAAGACACGGUCCAGUGUUGAUAAGCUUACCCUAUCAAUAUUUUGAAAUCUGUUUUCUAUUAUUUUUCUUUGGAUUUGCCGUAAUGUUAUGGCGUUAUUUUCUAGGACCAUGUUCAUGAUUUCAGUUUCCUGUUCAGGAGAAAGAAGACGUUCCCGACCACCUUGUGUUGGUAGUCUUUCAAUUCUGCCAAACAAAAAGUAAUAUACUGUAAAUACUGUCUAGGAAUACAAAGUAGGAAUAAAUUUCCCAAAUACCUGAAACACACUUUAUUUUUACAGUCCUACAGGACAGUCAAUACUGUACUACUGUACUCAUUGAGUACUGUAUUGAUAUGCAGUAAUGCAAUUUUCGAGUGAGAGUAGAUUUCUUACCUAUUCUCAUUUCGGAAAGUCCAGAAGAUGGAUGCUACAGUGUGCCGGCUCAAAUUUGGCUGAACUCUUUGCCCAGCCUCCCUCAUUGUUAGACCAUGGUUGACCACAUGGUCAACCAAAGUGGCUCGGAUCUCAUCAGAGAUUAUGGUCCUUGGCCGUGGCCGUACUCGUACUCUUACUCUUACUCUUACUCUUACUCGUACUCGUACUCGUACUCGUACUCGUACUCCUCUGGCUCUGGCUCUGUUUCCAAUGUUGGCAUCCAUUGCUCCAAAACAGAAGAGCUCACCUGUUGCCCUUUUAUGCUAAAGCUCUGAUUGCUAAACUGUGUGACAGGUGUUUGCCCAUGUGAUGAGUCAGUGUGCAUAGUAGGGCAAUUAACUUUAGAAUUUUGAAUGACAGUGUGUUCCUUGUGAAAACAAGAUAUUUUGUUCAUGAAAAUUGUGUCAAAUGCAGAGAAUUGUGUGUAGUGUUUUGAAAAAAGUGUGUUUUAAAACUGCAAAUUGAGUGUAAAGCAGGAAUUGUGUUUGUAGUUUAGCAGAAUUGGUUCAGGGCGUUGGUGCAUUAGUUACAUGUUGUGGUCAUUGUGUCUCAAGUACCAGUAAUUGUGUGUAAACAAUUGAGAAAAACUGUAAAUGACUCAGAUUGCAUCGGGGACUAAAAAGUCCUUAGGACCUUAAGAAAAACUGAUUAUCUCGUAAAUAUAUCCCUGAAAUCUGAGUGUAGUCCUUUAGUAGCUCAUCCUCUGAACACCACAGACCCUCCACUGCCCCUCUGAACUCACUGAUACUUUCUAGAAGAGAUCCUCCUACAUCCUGUCCAUUAUUCAGCUCGCUGAUUCCGGCUGCGGCUGUCAGUACACACACACUAUCAUUUGUUCCUGAAAAUCUUGAUCAGUACAUCCCUAAUGGACUUUGGACUGGUCUCUGUACUUGUAUUAUUAGAUCUUAGUGCUGCAUUUGACACCAUUGACCAUGAUAUUCUUUUACAGAGACUUGAGCAUCAAAUUGGCAUUAAAGGAACCGCACUAAGCUGGUUUAAGUCAUAUUUAUCAGAUUGUUCGCGGUUUGUACAAGUUAACGAUGAAACUUUAAUAAAUACUACAGUUAGUCAUGGAGUUCCACACGGUUCUGUACUUGGACCAAUACUAUUUACUUUAUAUAUGCUCCCUUUAGGCAACAUUAUUAGAAAUCACUCCAUUAACUUUUACUGUUACGCAAAUGAUACGCCGUUAUAUCUAUUGAUCAAGCCUGAUGAAAUUAAUCAAUUAUCUAAUAUACAAACAUGUCUUAAGGACAUAAAAUCCUGGAUGAGCUGCAAUUUGCAAAAAAAAACCGAAAUUCUUGUACUUGGCCUCAAAAAUCUUAGAGACUCAAUGUCUAAAGAUAUAGUUACUCUGGAUGGCAUUACUUUGGCUUCUAGCACCACUGUCAGGAAUCUUGGAGUUAUCUUUGAUCAGGAUUUGUCAUUUAAUUCCCACAUAAAGCAAACGUCCAGGACUGCCUUCUUUCAUUUACGUAAUAUUACAAAAAUUAGACACAUCCUAUCGUAGACUGAUGCAGAAAAACUAAUCCAUGCAUUUGUUACUUCAAGGCUGGAUUACUGCAACUCUUUAUUAUCAGGUUGCCCCAAUAAGUCCAUUAAAACGCUCCAAUUAAUUCAGAACGCUGCAGCACGAGUACUGACAGGAACUAGAAAAAGAGAUCACAUCUCUCCUGUACUAGCUUCUCUGCAUUGGCUCCCUGUAAAAUUUAGAAUAGAAUUUAAAAUCCUCCUCCUCACCUACAAAGCUCUUCAUGGUCAGGCCCCUUCAUAUCUUAAAGAGCUCAUAGUACCCUAUUACCCCACUAGAACACUACGUUCUCUGAAUGCUGGGCUACUUGUGGUUCCUAUAGUCUCUAAAAGUAGAACAGGAGCCAGAGCCUUCAGUUACCAAGCUCCUCUCCUGUGGAACCAGCUUCCAGUUGUGGUUCGGGAGGCAGACACCAUCUCCACAUUCAAGAGUAGGCUUAAGACAUUCCUCUUUGAUAAAGCUUAUAGUUAGGGCUGGCUCAGGUGAGUCCUGAACCAUCCCUUAAUUAUGCUGCUAUAGGCCUAGACUAUCGGGGGAUUUCCCAUGGUGCACUGAGCUCCUCUCUUCCUCUCUCUCUUUCUGCACUCAUUCAUGUUCCAUUAAUGCAUGUUACUAACUUCACUUCUUCCCCGGAGUUCUUGUGCUUUCUCGUCUCGCAGGUUCUUAUCGAUCCUGGUGGAGCCUCCUGCCAUGGUCCUGCUUUACUGCCAUUGCCAAUACUGUUGUUGCUGUGCAACUGUCUGUCUGUCUGUCUGUCUGUCUCUCUCUCUCUCUCUCUCUCUCUCUCUCUCUCUCUCUCUCUCUCUCUCUCUCUCACCCCAACUGAUCGAGGCAGACAACCACCCACCUAGAGCCGGAGGAUCUGUCCUAGGUUUCGGCCUUUUAACAGGCAGUUUUUCCUUGCCCUUGUCUCCAAGGAUGCAGCAGCAGAGACCAGACUGUCCUGAACACAGUUGUGUGUCCAUGAACGGUGACUGGUCUAUGGAUCGCCCUAUUAACUUUAAAGAUGGACAAUCUGCUUCUCAAAGAGUUCAGCAGGAGAGCUCAGAGGUUCCCAGUGACCAGUCUGCCCAGCAGCAUCAAACAGACCUGGACUCCAUAUUUAUGCUGCUGGAGGAGAACAUCGUCACUUUUGUGAAGAACAAGCUGAAGAGAGUCCAGAGGGUUCUGACUACAGAUUACCCACAAGGCUUAGACAGUCAGGAUGAGGAUGAGGAAGUACUGGACGGUGACGAUGAAGAGCGGAGCAGCAGAGAGGCAUUUCUGAAGAUCACAGUGCACUUCCUGAGGAGAAUGAAGCAGGAGCAGCUGGCUGACUGUCUGCAGAGCAGAACUCAAGCUGCAGUGUGCCGACAUAAACUCAGGUCUAACCUGAAGGAGAAGUUCCAGUGUGUGUUUGAGGGGAUUGCUAAAGCAGGAAACCCAACCCUUCUGAACCAGAUCUACACAGAGCUCUACAUCACAGAGGGAGGGACUGCAGAGGUCAAUGAUGAACAUGAGGUCAGACACAUUGAAACAGCAUCCAGGAAACCACACAGACCAGAAACAACAAUCAGACAAGAAGACCUCUUUAAACCCUCACCUGGAAGAGAUGAACCAAUCAGAACAGUGAUGACAAAGGGAGUGGCUGGCAUUGGGAAAACAGUCUUAACACAGAAGUUCACUCUGGACUGGGCUGAAGGCAAAGCCAACCAGGACAUACAGUUCACAUUUCCAUUCACUUUCAGACAGCUGAAUGUGCUGAAAGAGAAAAAGUUCAGCUUGGUGGAACUUGUUCAUCACUUCUUUACUGAAACCAAAGAAGCAGGAAUCUGCAGGUUUGAAGAAUUCCAGGUUGUGUUCAUCUUUGAUGGUCUGGAUGAGUGUCGACUUCCUCUGGACUUCCACAACACUGAGAUCCUGACGGAUGUUAGAGAGUCCACCUCAGUGGAUGUGCUGCUGACAAACCUCAUCAGGGGGAAACUGUUUCCCUCUGCUCGCCUCUGGAUAACCACACGACCUGCAGCAGCCAAUCAGAUCCCUCCUGGGUGUGUUGACAUGAUGACAGAGGUCAGAGGGUUCACUGACCCACAGAAGGAGGAGUACCUCAGGAAGAGGUUCAGAGAUCAGGACCAGACCAGCAGAAUUAUCUCCCACAUCAAGACAUCCCAAAGCCUCCACAUCAUGUGCCACAUCCCAGUCUUCUGCUGGAUCACUGCUACAGUUCUGGAGGAUGGGUUGAAGACCAGAAACAGAGGACAGCUGCCCAAGACUUUGACUGAGAUGUACAUCCACUUCCUGGUGGUUCAAUCCAAACUGAAGAAGAUCAAGUAUGAUGGAGGAGCUGAGACAGAUCCACACUGGAGUCCAGAAAGCAGGAAGAUGAUUGAGUCUCUGGGAAAACUGGCUUUUGAGCAGCUUCAGAAAGGCAACCUGAUCUUCUAUGAAUCAGACCUGACAGAGUGUGGCAUCGAUAUCAGAGCAGCCUCAGUGUACUCAGGAGUGUUCACUCAGAUCUUUAAAGAGGAGAGAGGACUGUACCAGGACAAGGUCUUCUGCUUCGUCCAUCUGAGUAUUCAGGAGUUUCUGGCUGCUCUUCAUGUACAUCUGACAUUCAUCAACUCUGGAGUCAAUCUGCUGGCAGAACAACAAACAACAUCCCGGUGGUCUGUAGUGUUCGGAGGUAAAUCAACACGUUUCUACCAGAGUGCUGUGGACAAGGCUUUAGAGAGUCCAAAUGGACACCUGGACUUGUUCCUCCGCUUCCUCCUGGGUAUUUCACUGCAAACCAAUCAGAAACACCUACAGGGUCUGCUGACAGAGACAGGAAGUAGCUCACAGACCACCAAGAAAAUAGUCGAGUACAUCAAGAAGAAGAUCAGUGAGGAUCUGUCUGCAGAGAAAAGCAUCAGUCUGUUCCACUGUCUGAAUGAACUGAAUGAUCAUUCUCUAGUGGAUCAGAUCCAACAGUUCCUUAGUUCGGGAAGUCUCUCCUCAGAUAAACUGUCUCCUGCUCAGUGGUCAGCUCUGGUCUUCAUCUUACUGUCAUCAGAAGAAGAUCUGGACGUGUUUGACCUGAAGAAAUACUCUGCUUCAGAGGAGGCUCUUCUGAGGCUGCUGCCAGUGGUCAAAGCCUCCAACAAAGCUGUGCUGAAUAGCUGUAACCUCUCAGAGAGAAACUGUGAAGCUCUGUCUUCAGUUCUCAGCUCCCAGUCCUCUCGUCUGAGAGAGCUGGAUCUGAGUAACAACAACCUGCAGGAUUCAGGAGUGAAGCUGCUGUCUAAUGGAUUGAAGAGUCCACACUGCACACUGGAAACUCUCUGGGUGGACCAUGGUGGACCGCAGAGACUGAAACCUGGUGUCAGGAAAUAUGUCUGUGAAGUGGAACUGGACACAAACACAGUAAACAGAGAGCUCAAACUGUCUGACAACAACAGGAAGGUGACACUGGUGGAGGACUAUCAGUCAUAUCCUGAUCAUCCAGACAGAUUUGACUACUGGCCUCAGCUGCUUUGUAGAAAUUGUCUGACUGGUCGCUGUUACUGGGAGGUCGGGUGGAGAGGAAGAGUUUCUAUAUCAGUGAGUUACACAGGAAUCAGCAGGAGAGGAUACAGUGAUGACUGUGUGUUUGGAAGAAAUGAUCAGUCCUGGAGUCUGGAGUGCUCUGAUUAUGGUUACUCUCUCUGGCACAAUAAGAGAAAGAUAUCCAUCUCCUCCUCCUCCUCCUCCUCCUCGUAUGGUAGAGUAGCUGUGUAUGUGGACUGUCCUGCUGGCACUCUGUCCUUCUACAGCGUCUAUUCUGACACACUGAUCCACCUCCACACCUUCAACACCACAUUCACCGAACCUGUUUAUCCUGGGUUUACAUUCUGGUCAGAUAGUUCCUCAGUGUCUGUGUGUUCUCUGGAGGUUUGAGAGUCUCUCCUGUGAACAGAAACUCUGCUGACUGAAGAUCAGCUGCUGAAAUCAAAGUUCACUCUGUUCACCAUCACACACACUCUGCACUGUGAAGCAGAUCUGUCUCAGACUCACACACAAAACAUUCAAUUGUCAGAUUUCACUUUGAUUCUCAACAUUUUAACACUUUAUCUAGAAACGCUUAAUGAUAUAUGUCUAAAAAGAAUGAACUCUUUUUGGGAACUAGUAUAUCUUCUUUCUUUAUAUUUUGCCACAUUAUAAAAAUGUGGAGACUAACGGUUUGUUGAAACAAUCCUGAAGCAUUAAACAUAUUUUCUAAUAUUUGUAAAUGCUUUUAAUAAAAUCAGUAAAAGCCUCA